ACUUCUGCCUUUUUAAUAACACCGUACAUUUUUGUAUAAAAGAGGAGCACAGACCGACUUCGUAAACAGAAUGCUUUGCAGGGGUUAAUUGGUUGGUUAUGAUAUGAUCCAGACGUCUGUCUAAAAGGGAAAAUUGCAGCCGCUCAAAAUGAAGGGUCUUUACCUCGUGGAGCCCGUGGUUGCACUGUAUGCUUUCUCCAGUUUUCUCAUCUACCCUCUUGUGCAGCAGUAUGUGUACAGGAGGCUCUGGCAGGAGCUGACAAACACCACCUACCCCAUCUCUGACAACUCCUCCAGAUGUGUAGGAAACGGCAGCAACCAGUCCAGCUACUUUGAGGAGGUACAGAGACAUGCGUCUCUCUUCUCCCUUUACUCAGACCUCCUGUCCACAGUCCCCUCUUUGAUCGUCACCCUAAUGCUUGUGGCUUAUAGUGACCGGGGAGGACGCAAGAUUACAAUCAUCAUGCCGCUGAUUGGCUCGUUAAUCUACGCAUUGUCCUUCCUGACAGUGUCUUACUUCGAGCUCAACAUAUACCUGCUCGUCGGCUCCUCGCUUCUCAGUUCUCUGUUUGGCGGCUUGGGGACGUUCCUGGGCGGCGUUUUCGCCUACAUAGCAGACUUGUGUGAGGAUGAUCGGCAGAAGACGCUGCGCAUUGCUGGAGUGGACAUGAUGAUUGGCCUGUUGUCUGGGGUGGCUUCAAUAUCAACAGGCUACUUUUUGAGAGCUGCAGGCUUUAACUGGCCUUUCCUAACCGCUGCACUUUGUCAGUGUGUGAUCCUGCUCUAUGCAAUUUUCAUCCUAGAAGAGACUGUGAAGCAAGCCCCUACUGAUACCAUUAUUCUAGAUGGGUCUCCUCAGAGCUCAGCCAUGAAACAGAUGCUCUAUGGAGUCUACCAGAUGUUUGCAGGGACUAGCCAAAGGUGUAAAACUGUCCUGGUCCUCCUGAUGCUCAUCUUCACCAGCUUCUCUUUCGCCUGGGGUGGAUUCUCCUUGUUGGUGCUAUAUGAGCUGGAUGAGCCACUGUGCUGGACUGAGAUUUUGAUUGGCUACGGCUCAGCACUGUCCACCGCUGUGUUCUUUGUCAGCUUCGUGGGAGUGUCAGUAUUCACAUGCUGCGGUGUGCCACAGCUGCUCAUUAUCCUGCUGGGGAUCCUCUCCGUUGUAUCAGGCAUGGUCCUGCUGCCAUUUGUGAAGACCACGCUACUGAUGUUUUUAGUGAGGCUGCCAAUGCUACUGGCUAUAAUGCCUUUCCCCGUUCUGCGCUCCAUGAUGUCAAAGAUCAUCCCAAAAUCUGAACAGGGAGCCCUGUUUGCCUUUCUUUCCUUCCUGGAGAGUUUAACUGGGAAUGUAUCGAGCGCUGUCUUCAACAGCGUCUAUGCUGCUACAGUGGCAUGGUACCCCGGCUUCGCCUUCCUGUUGUCUGCAGGACUCUGUGCCAUCCCCCUGUUUGUUCUAGGGGUGGUGGGUGUGAUCGGAGUGGAUGUUGCUGAAGAGGACAGAAAGCCAGACCUUGUUGUCCCAGUUGAGGAGGAUCAUGUUGAAGAUCAAAACGACAACAGUCCUCUUCUUCUCAACUGAGCCACGUGGACUGCCAAAGCCUUACCAGCACAUAUUUUUCUUUGAAGUCAUUUAUUCUAAGACACUUUUAUUCUCCUGAGAACCUCAGUGACUCUUCUUUUAAGUUUCAAGCUAAUAAUGCAGUUUUCAGAUUCAUCUCUCAUGUCUUAUUGCUGUGGUAGUUUGUACUAUUGAACUUGAAUGAUAUAAAGAUACAACAGGGAAUUGUAGGCAAACAGGUUCAGAAACAGUGGAUCUGUUUUUUUUUACAAGAACCUUGUUGAGAUAGUUACAUGUUAAAAUGGUAGCAUUAAUAAGAUAUAAAGCAGGGAUGGGCUGUUAAUGUGCAUCCAAUCUCAGAGGUCUUCCAUGAAGAAUGGUAAGAAUCCUCACACAUUAUUUCUACCUCCAAAAUGGCCUGACAGUGACAUUACUAACAGAUUCAAGAGGAUUCCGAUUGUUAAAAUAAGAACAAAACAGUCCAGAUUACUGAUAAUGAAAGUCCAUGGUACUGAUUGGCAGUCUGAAAAGCAUCCGAGGCUCUCUGUAAGUUAAAAAUCCUGCAUUAAUUCAUGGAUAACCAGCGUAUUUCCACUUAAAAUGUUGUCAUUAUGGUAUAAAAUACAUUGAGGCCAUCUGUUCAAUUGGAACUAAUCAAGAGGUGUAAAUGUAAAUAUGAACCAUAGCAAACCCACACAUAUUAAAGCAGAAAGGAAAUAUACAAUAACAAAUAAGUAAAUCAAGGACAAUCUGGCAGAGGAAUACAAUAAUGCGGAUAAAUGGCAACCUCACAGGGCCCUACAACAUGAAACUACUCAGAAUGGAUAGCCCUCAAUAAUUCAUAUACAAAGACAUAACAACAAUAUAAAACACUCAGAGGAAGGUAUAAUUAUGGCAUACAGAGACAAAAAAAACUGCCCUCACAUGAAAUAUCACAGGUCAAAACUGUAUCAUGUAGUAUCACAAUAUAGUGUAGCAGCACAGUGUUUCUUGUGAAACUAAGCAGAAAAAGCAUGAAUGCAACAUGCUUGCUGAGUGUGCUAUGACUUGCAAUUUUAAAAUACCUGUUUUCAGACUUUCAGUUAGGUAAACUGAUUCAGAUCUGUACCAUGUUUUGCCUCCUUUUUAGGGUAAUGUUAGCUUUACAAAGAGCUCUACUGUCACUUGUUUCCAAGACGAAAUUUCAUGCAACACACCAAAUGUGCAAUACAACACAAACCUAUUUUACUAUGUAAAGUUUAUUUUUUUCUAAAAACCCACAUUAAGCGUUAUGAGUAAGCAAAUAUUUAAGUAUACAUUGUGAUUGUAUAAGGAAUGUCAAGGAACCCCCAGAAGGUGGAAGGAGUUUUCACAGAGAAUAGGAGAUUUUUAUGGUUGUCCUCUGGUCAUAAUGUUUGGUUAUUUAAGAGAUUAUAAGACAGGAAAAGACCCCAAAAACUGUAUUAUGAUGGGAAAAGCAUAUUUAUUUAAAACAACAAUUUAUCAGUGGGUUCUCUGAGCCAGGAUGAAGGAUGGAGUUAAAUAUAACAUGAAAAAUGAUGCUGGUUUAUCAACCACCUUGUGCCACAAAGUCAUUUCAGGAAUGGUUUUAGGUGGACCACCUAGGUAUGACUGGAAAUGCAGGGAUGUAGUUAGUGUUUUUGCCCUUUUUUUAAAAUGUUAUUUUCAAGUGCAAAUAACUGAGGAAAUCUAACGCCAAAGUUUUUGUUAUUUUGUGUGUUUUUCACCUGUGGUACUUACUUAUGUGAUCAUUUUCUUUUAUGUGUGUUUAUGUCUUUGUGUAGGUACAAUGUAAAAAAAAAGAAAAAAAAAGAAAACAAAGAAAUGGUUUUCUCUGAGUCUCAAAGAUGACUAUUAGGUUUUAUUGUCUAUGUGAGAACAUGCUCUCUUCACUUUAAGUCUUGCUGUUGCUGAAAUAACAACCAAUGGAUAAUUA